AUGGACGUCGCUAUUACACAAUAUGAAGCUUUAAAAUCAUUUCUUGAAACACAUCUUACAAAUGAGAAUUCCGAUAAUUCAAGAGUAGGCGCAAAAGAAAAAUUAAAUAAACUUACACAAGUUCAAUUCUAUGAGCUUUCCACGGAUGUGUACGAUGAGUUGACUCGUCGAGUAAUGAAUUCGAACGAAGUGCCCUUUCUAGCAGUGCGUGAUGAAUUUCAUCCGAAAAGAAAUCAAGCGCGGCAAAAGUUGGCUACACUACCUAUGACCCGCUUUAAAGACUUAGCAGCUGAUAUUUUUUAUGAAUUAGAAAGGCGUCAUCCUGAAUUAAAAGAUAUGAAGAAACCAACCAGUCGACCAGGUGCUUCAUUUACUGACAACAGUAUUGAAAAUAAUCCAAAACCCUAUGCCAUUAACGGGAAUGGUAUUCAUAGUAAUAUUCCAAUACCAGAUAGUAUGCCACCAGAAUAUGGAGUUCAAAAGGUACCAAGGAGUCGCUCUCAAUCCUCUGCGUCUUCUUCGUCUGAUAUAGGAAACCAUUAUAUGAGCAUGGGUAGUGUUACUAGCAUUUCGAGUAAAGGAACUAGGGACACUGUUAAUAGUCAAAAAGUAAAUUUUGAAUCACUUGACAAUUUGAUGGCUGACCUUGGAGAUAUUAUUGGUCAUAAAAAAAUGAAUUCUGUAGAACGGCUGAAAUCCGAUUAUGAAUUACAGUUACUUGCUUUAAAAAAACGAGUAAAUGAAUUGGAAUCUGAAUUAAUGGGGAGUGGAAAUUCCAAUGGAAACAGUCGAGUAAAUAGUCUUGAAAACCAAUUAGAAGAAUUACGCAAAAUAAAUGAGCAACAGAAACAAGAAAUUAUUAGAUUGGAAGAAGAACGUCAACAACAACUAGAGAUUACCAAUGAUGUGAAAAAAGAGGCAACGUCACUCAUAGAAGAAAUUAAGAUACUUUCUAUAAAAAAUGAAGAGCUAUCUUCAGAAAAGGAAUCUUUGACGAGAACAAUAGAUGAAUGGAAAAGUAAAUAUGAAAAGGCGAUGGCCGAGAUGAAAAGUCUAAAUGAAACAUCUUUUCAUAAAGAAGUAAAUCAUAUCGAUGUAAGCAUGUUGAAAGAUUACUUGGAACAUCAAACCGAAUCCAUAGUUCAAGCAAUUCAAACACUUCUAAGUUCUAUUAGAAAUGGAUCAUAUUCUAAUGAACUCCCUGAAAAUAUCACCAACAUUGUCACAAUUGUUGUUAGCGUUAUUUCAACAUGUCAAGAUUUUCUUGAGACGUCACCUGGUGCCCUUUAUCGUUCACGUGGUGAUCCUAUACUAAAAGACCUGGAGAAUGGCGUUAAUAAACUGGGUGAGAUGCGAGAAACUAUAACAAAUGAUGGUGAAAACUUUAUGAGCAAUAGGGCUUCUAAACAACGACUGGCAAGCGCAUCUUUUGACGUUGCUAAAUUCACGAAAGAAUUAGUAGGAUUAUUUGAAUAA